UCAAUCAAUCUAAUGUAUUUAUUGUGGUUCAUAACGAUAGCCACUUUGGCUUUGUGGCAUUUACAGUUAACGCAUUGCGAUGAUCUUACCAUUCAUACCAGCCAAACCAGUCACGCCGGCGGCUUAGCAGGUGGGGGCGGCGGAGGUGGAGGAGGAGGAGGAGGUCAAGGUCUUAGCGGCAAUACAUUAAAUUCUGGCAGUUCAACAAUUUCGGGCAUUCUAAUGAAUCAUAAUAAUAAUAAUAAUAAUAAUAAUAACAACAACAAUAAUAAUAAUAAUAACGGUCUAGUAAAUCCCUCCACUAGUAAUAUUAAUCAAUUAAAUGUUAAUAAUUCGCUGCUGACAACGCUUAUGAACGGCAAUGCAAAUUCACAUUUGAAUGGACUAUCAACGGGAAUUGGUUCUUUGGGCACUGUAGGAUCUAAAGGGCUGAUGGGUCAUACAAACGGUGGUGCAGGCACCUCAACCCAUGGCGUUGGUCAUCAUCACGGUCACGCAUUGGCAGGUCUGGCUGGUUUGGGCAUUGUUGUGCCUGGUCAUCGUUUAACCGGCGGUACAAAUACCGAUAAUGGUGGACGUUAUAAUCCAGGAAGUUACCUUAGCGGUUCCAGUAUGGAUUUGAUGGGUGUCGGUGGCGGUGGUGUCGGCAUGCAAUCUAAUCUUGCUUUAGGUGCUGCACUCGGAGGCGGUAGUAGCGGUUCCCAAUAUUAUGAACAAGAACACUUCAUUUCUGAGCAUACCGUAAUGGCAGUCUUCACAUCUCAAGGGCAGGUGGGAGGCCCGUGUCGUUAUAUGCCAGCAACGCGGAGACAAAAUCAUCAAUGCCGCAAAGAGAUCGGUUUAUCUGAUACCAUUCGCGAAGCAAGACGUCUGGCGACUACCCAUUGUGAAGAUCAAUUCCGUUACGAUCGUUGGAACUGUUCGAUAGAAAUCCGAGGGAAACGUAAUAUAUUCAAGAAGCUCUAUAAGGAGACUGCUUUUGUUCACGCUUUAACGGCCGCCGCUAUGACUCAUUCGAUUGCUCGAGCCUGUGCUGAGGGGCGUAUGACCAAAUGCAGCUGUGGUCCGCGUAAACAAAAUCGUCCUGAUCAAAGUUUUCAAUGGGGUGGCUGUAAUGAUAAUCUUAAGCAUGGCAAACGGGUAACCAGAAGCUUUUUAGAUUUACGAGGCGGCGAUAGUGACGAAGUCACUGAAAUACUGCGACAUGACUCAGAGGUCGGUAUAGAGGCUCUGUCAACAUUAAUGAAAGAUAAAUGCAAAUGUCACGGUGUAUCGGGUUCGUGUUCAAUGAAAACAUGUUGGAAAAAGUUGUCGGAUUUUAACGCAACAGCCACACUGCUAAGACAGAAAUAUAAUCAGGCGGUUAGGAAGGCGCCAAACACACGCACAAUACGACGAGAUGUACCCAUAAGUCGUGCGAAAAAACCAAAACAGAGGCGAAAGAAACAAUCUCAGUAUACUACGCUGUAUUAUUUGGAAACCUCGCCAACUUAUUGUUCGGUCACGAAGGAUCGCCAAUGCCUGCAUCCGGACAAUUGUGCGAAUCUAUGCUGCGGGCGUGGCCAUGUCACCCGCGUUUUUAAACAAAUUGAGAAAUGCCGUUGUCGCUUUAACAACGGACGUUGUUGUCAAUUGAUUUGCGAUUAUUGCCAACGAUACGAAGAUAGAUAUUUUUGUAAAUAAAAUCUCUUCUAGGCUCUAUUUUUUAAGUCUCUUUCAGUUCUUUUCCAGUUUCUCUGUAUUUAUAAUGAUUUCAUUCCUAUUUA